UCAAUGCAGUCGUUAGUUGGUCAAUAUUUUCGUAAUAAUUAACGUAAUAUAAAAUGAUGUUGUGCGGUCUUAGUGCGUGUUUGUUUGCAAUUAUAGGCUACGUAACUUCUGCCAAAAUUCUUGCUGUGAUCCAUGCGCCAACUUUCAGUCAUUAUUCGUUGGGUGUAAAACUUUUACGACCAUUGGCUGAAAAGGGGCAUCAUGUUACCCUAGUGACGCACUUUUCGUUAGAAAACCCUCCAAAAACAUGGAAUGAAAUAAUUCUAAAGGAUUUCACCAAAGGCAUCGCAUUUGGAAACAAGUUUGACUUCCUUUCAAUGUCUAACUACAAAAGAGAAAUGUUUGCCAAUGGCAUUGGAGUUGAUUUAACCGAACGUGUUUUAAAUCAUCCAGCAUUCGUCGAUCUUCUCAAUUCAAACGAAACAUUUGAUCUAAUUAUACUCGAAAGGUUUAUGAAUGACGCUUUAAUAGGCCUCUCUCAUCGUUUCAAAGCUCCUUAUAUCUACCUCAGUCCUAUAGGCUACUCACGAUGGGUAAGCGAUUUAACAGGAAAUCCAGGGUCUCCUGCUUAUUAUCCUGAUUUUUUUCUGGGCUACAGUUACGAUAUGACAUUAUGGCAGAGAUUUUAUAACACGUUGUUUUAUUGUUUUGCUUUGGUCCAUCGACACAUGGUUGUACUUCCUAGACACAAAGAGCUAUUGAAGAUGCACUUCCCUGAAGCUCCAUCUUUUGAGGAUUUGUACUAUAAUUCGUCAUUAAUCCUCAUGAAUACACACUUUAGUAUCAAGUAUUCAGUACCGAGUGUUCCAAAUAUGAUUGAUAUUGGUGGUUAUCACGUUAGUCCGCCACGUGAUUUACCUAACGAUCUUAAGAAGUACAUGGACAGUGCAACAGACGGCGUCAUCUAUUUCAGCUUAGGAUCGGGCGCUAAAUCUAAAGACAUGCCAACAGAAACUAGGGAUGCUAUGUUGCGAGUAUUUUCUAAUCUUAAACAAAAAGUUCUUUGGAAAUGGGAAGAAGAUGUAACAUUCCAAAAGCCAUCUAAUGUAAAAAUGGAAAAAUGGUUUCCACAGCAGGAUGUUUUAGCGCAUCCAAAUUUGAAGUUAUUUAUAACCCAUGGUGGUUUACUUAGUACAAUAGAGGCCAUUUAUCAUGCAGUACCUCUUUUAGCUCUGCCAGUUUUUGGCGAUCAACUGAUGAAUGCAGCAGAAAUUGAAGCUCUUGGGUAUGGUCUGAAACUACCUUUCGUUGAUUUUGAUAAACAGCAGUUCAAAUUGCUUAUCAACGAAAUAUUAACCAACAACAGAUAUAAGAAAGGUAUAAAAACUCGUUCGGAUAUUUUACACGAUCAAGAAACCAAACCAGUUGAUAGGGCCGUGUGGUGGAUUGAAUAUGUUAUCAGACAUAAAGGAGCACCACAUCUAAAGUCUGUUACGUUAAAUUUGAAAUGGUACCAAUAUAUUCUUUUGGAUGUAUUAGCACUUGCUGUAGUGAUAAUUUUCCUUAUAGUGACGUCUGUAUAUGUAUGUCUAAAAAAACUUUUUAAGGAAAACAAAAAAUCCAAGAAAGACUAAAAAUCAAAUGUUAUGUAUUUUUUAUAUAAGAA